AUGUCGUCAGAAACUCAAGUUGUUGAUGUUACGACCACAAUAAAGAAAGAGAUAAAACCUUUAGAAGAAGAGAAAGUGGAAGCAACGAAGCAUUUAGAUUCGACUGAAUUAUCAGGAACAACGUCACGUUCAACAGAUGAAGGACACGAAGAUAAACAUGAUAAUGAUUAUUUGGUUGGUGGUAAUUCUGAGGCCGUGUCAAUAACGUCAUCAAGAUUACUAGAAGAAUAUCCUUCUUCACAUUAUUUAAAAGAAAGAGCAUCAACAGCUCAAAUGUCUACCGUAACAUUUCAAAUGAAUUCAACAUCUGAAAAAGAAUUAUUAGAAAAAUUUGGACAAUGUACAAAUUGCAAUCAACCGAAUACAGGCGAAGAUAAUUGCUAUUAA